CGCGUUGUCUUCACUGCUCUCUGCAGUUCGGUUUCUGUGUUCUUUUGUCUGCAUUGUUUGUUCUUGUGUGUGUAUCUGUAUAUCGUGUGUUUGUAUUGUACAUUGUGCUGAUUCUCCCAGCUGCCGUACGAUAACGGCUUAUCCUGCAUGACCCUCCAGGCUCCUUCCUUCUCUCUAUAGACAGUUCUUUCCAUGCCCGACAGAACGUCAAGCAUAUCCUCGUCCACGACAGCGAUUUCCUCCUCUGGCGGCUCGACCCCCGCGCGCACUGUCAUCAAAGUCGCAGUCAUCGGGACCGGACUCGCUGGUCUUGUCUCUGCCUAUCGGUUGGCUACCUCGAACUCUGGAUCUGUCGAGUUUGAAGUUCAUCUGUUUGACGAGAGCCCUGUAAUCGGCUUCGACGCGUCCUCCAUCUCGGUAACCGACUCCGAUGGCGUCGAAAGACGAGUCGACGUGCCCAUGCGCUCAUUCGCAGGCGGCUACUACACACGCGUGAUUGCGCUCUACCGCUCGCUCGGCCUACAAUUCCACAACGCAAAGUUUUCGUACUCGUUCUCCGAAGUUUCCAACGACGUCAAGAGCGAGCGCGGCGCAGAGACGUACUACAUGCACGGCGGACAGAAGCAGUUGAUUAAGAAAAGCGGGCGGCCGGUUGAGAAAGGCCGGGUUGCGUAUUAUGCGAGCUUGGUAGCCGUGCUGUUUUGGUAUAUAUAUUUCACGCUCGUCGCGGCGUUUUCGAGGCCAAAAGGCGGUCUGACGUUUGAGAAUGAGGCAAGACUAGACCACAGCCGGCGCGCGAGGUAUUGGUACAUGACCGACCCCGACGAUGUCUUGAACGAGCGCAGUGGGGGAAGUGGGUUUAAAUCCCGGAACCUGUUUCGAAAAGAAAACAUCUACGGCUCGAUGGAGACCGGCGACGAAGACGAGGUGAUGAUCGGCACGGGCGUCGAGACGCUGCGCGAGUACGUCGCGCGGUGGCAUUUUCCUCGGUGGUUUGUGGAUCGGUUUAUGACUCCCUUGUUUUGCGCAAUGUCUACCUGCACAGUUGAUACGAUCAUGGAUGCGCCCGCGGCGGACGUGAUUGACUACAAACGAACGACGUUUAUGAAACCGCAUUAUCUACUUUCUAAAAACAGCAGAUCGGCCGUCGACGCGCUGACGGCUUGUUUGAACCCGGACAACAUCCAUCUCGGGAUGGCAGUGAAGUCAAUGCUCUCCGAAGGCUCGACCUGGACUAUCCGCACCGGCGACCGGGACUACAAUCAUUUCGUGCACGUCAUAAUCGCCACGCCGCCCUCAGUCGCGCGCGAACUACACCCGCCGCUGGAGAAGAUCUUCAAGGACGUAAAGUCCGAGUACGUGCGCGUGCUGGUGCACACCGAUAGCCGCGUGCUGGACUACAUGAACCCCAAGGACAUCCGCGACCUGAACCUGAUCCGCACGGCGGACCGCGCGGAAGCCACGCACGUUCUCUUCCCAGGGGUAUACCAAACCACGAGCCCGACGACUCUGUGCAGCUAUCCAGACCAGCCCGAGAGCGCAGACUUUGGCGGCCGCAUAGCGCCAGAGAAGAUCGUGAAGGAGAGCAGGUUCGAGCGGGUGGUCAGAUCUGCGGAGCUCGUGCAGGCAAUCGAAAAGAUGCGCAAGCACCAGGGCAGACACAACGUCUGGGUCACCGGCAGCUGGAUGUGGCAGGGUCUGGUUCUGCUUGAGGGGUGUGUUGCGAGCGCAGACUACGUGACCGAGCGCAUAAAGACAAAGAGCGGGAAGACGACGAUAUCAUCUAGAGACAUAGUCUGAAAUAUAUGUUUGUAAUAAUUCUACAAAUAUUAGUAAUUACAGUGACGUCAGAACCCUAAAGAAAUGACUAU